CUUUAUAAAAAUCUGAAUGAAUAUCUUGCUGUUGGUAUUAAUUUUGAAUGCAGACUAUCUCCGUAGCCGUAUUGUAUUGCAUCUAACCGUGUGUUCCUAAAACUUUGUUUCGAUUUUAAAUAGUAAUUCAACAUUACGGUAAUCAAGAUUUAAACUACAUAUAAGCAUGGCAAACAACAAUGGUAAUAGCCAAACAAACACUGCACUAGCCGAAGAGACCAAGGAAUUGAAGAAUCGUUGUAAUGAAGUUCGUAACAUCAUCAGUAAUACAGCUGACAUUGAGUUAACUAGAUACACGGUAGACAAUUUGCAAGAAAAGUCAUCAUGUUACUUGGAAGGGCUGAGGACAGAUUUAGAGUCAACAGAAGUUCCCAUUGUAGCAAAUGAGAACCUGAUCACCAGCCAGUAUCUCACUGACACUGAACAAAAAAUCAAACAAUUGGAGGAGCUCAUUGCAUACAAACGAGGACUCAUACUAGACAUUGAUGCUGAAACUUCUAGGUUAAAAGGCCUCAUCAAAAUGGGUGAAGAAGCUAAAUGCUCACAAAAAACAGCCAAAUUAGAGGUAAAGCCGGAACACUUGCAGAAAGCCAAAAAGAGAUUCCGUAUGAUGAAGAACGAGUUCCACGGCCUCGUCUACUCACUCUACCCAAAAGUGGCAGAUGAUAUGAUGGAAUUGCUGGCACAACUGAUGCAGAACAGGCUGGAUGUAGAGUCACCGGAUUAUGUCGAGAUAACAUCUGAACAUUUUCUCUUGAUUGAAAUGCUAAAAGAUAUGGGAAUAGUGGUCACCAACCCUUACAAUAAGCAGGAAAUAAAGUUAGCAGAAAUCUGAAAGUUGUAAUGAGCAAUCAUGAAGUAAAUAAACUAUGAAACAACAGUGUGAAUUCUAUUUAAAUCACAUUAUUAUUGUGAAUUUAAAGAUUUAUUUUUAUGUAGUAAAUAAAAUAAGUGCCUAAAUAAAUAGCA